AAAAAGUGGAAAAGAAAAAGAAGAAAAAUCUCAAGUAGCUUCGCUUCGCCACUUGAAGAGGAUAAGAUGAUAUCUUUUUGAAGAAAAAGCACCAAGUUGUAAUGAUAAGCGAGAGCGGGAAGCUGCAUCCAAUUAUUCCAACGCUCAUGGAGACGAUGGAUCUCCAGUUCCACCACCACUCCAUAUUCCGCAUUCAUACCUCUCCUCACUUCCUCAAACCAAUUCCACCCUUACAAACUCACCCUCCUCUUCUCAGGACCUCCCUUCAUCGACGCCACCGUCUUUCCAUAAACUCCGUUUCGCAGAACCCAUUUCAAUCCAGCGAAUCGAUUCCUAAAAAUCCGGAAAAGCCACAUCCUAGAACUCUAUUCCCAAGUGGGUUCAAGCGGCCGGAGAUCAAAGUGCCCAGUGUCGUGCUGCAAUUGGAUGCAGCAGAGGUCUUGGACGGUGGUGAGGACUUGGAUUUGAUCGAUAGGUCUUUGUCCAAGUGGGUUGGGAUGGUGGUGCUCAAUAGUGGCGAAGGCGGCGGUGGCAAGCUCUACGAAGCUGCUUGUAAAUUGAAGUCGGUGGUCGGUGACCGAGCUUAUUUCUUGAUAGCCGAGCGCGUUGACAUUGCGACUGCCGUUAAUGCCAGUGGAGUUGUCCUCUCUGAUCAAGGUCUCCCUCCUAUUGUGGCCAGGAACACAAUGCUGGAUUCUUUAUCAGAUUCCCUAUUUCUACCUCUGGUAGGAAGGGACGUAAAAUCCUCAAGUUCAGCCGUAAAUGCAUCCAAGUCUGAAGGAGCUGACUUUGUUUUGUACGAUUUGGAUGAAGAGAAGCUUGAUACGACAACAGAUUCUGUGUUUAAGAAUGUAAAGAUCCCAAUAUUUGUACGACUUUCCUCAUAUGGAGAGAACACGAGGUUUGUUGAGGCAUUAAAAUGGAUGGAAUUUGGUGGAAGUGGGUUAGUAAUCUCUUUGCAAGGUUUGAGGCUGCUGAGCGAUGAUGUUGUUGGUAAAUUAUUUGACUCCAUAUUUACAGAAAAUGGAAGAAAUGAGGACGACAUUGAAAGUGGUGCUCUUGAAACUACACAAGUAGCUGGUUUUGUUAAUUUGGAAGAUAGAGAAAAAGAAGUCAUAGAAACAGAGAAGUUAGUAUUGCGUGAGGCCACAAGUGUUAUUCAGAAAGCUGCUCCAAUGAUGGAGGAGGUUUCGCUUCUCAAUGAUUCAGUUUCACAAAUUGAUGAGCCAUUUAUGCUGGCUAUAGUGGGUGAAUUUAACUCUGGAAAGUCAACAGUUAUUAAUGCACUUCUUGGAAGUAGAUAUCUAAAAGAUGGGGUUGUUCCUACGACUAAUGAGAUAACUUUCUUGAGGUUCUCCACGUUAAAUUCUAAUGAACAACAACGAUGUGAACGACAUCCAGAUGGUCAAUAUAUAUGCUAUCUUCCUGCUCCCGUCCUUAAUGAAAUGAACAUUGUUGAUACACCUGGUACCAAUGUCAUUCUUGAGAGGCAACAACGUCUAACGGAGGAAUUUGUGCCUCGCGCAGAUUUGCUGCUUUUUGUUAUUUCUGCUGAUCGCCCAUUGACUGAGAGUGAGGUUAACUUUCUUCGUUACACACAGCAGUGGAAGAAGAAAGUAGUGUUUGUGCUGAAUAAAUCUGACCUUUAUCAGAAUAGCCACGAGCUGGAAGAAGCCCUGUCCUUUGUCAAGGAAAAUGCAGCAAAAUUGUUGAACACUGAACAUGUAUAUGUGUUUCCAGUAUCUGCAAGAUCUGCUCUGGAAGAAAAACUUUGUGCUUCUCUGGAUAGUGGAGAACCCUUAUCGCCCUCUAAUUCUUAUUGGAGAAGCAGUAGCUUCAACGAACUUGAAAAUUUCUUGUAUAGCUUCUUAGAUGGGUCAACAAGUAAUGGAAUGGAAAGAAUGAAGCUUAAACUCCAAACGCCUGUUUCAAUUGCAGAACGGCUCCUUUCUGCUGCUGAAACCCUUGUGAGACAAGACAUACAUUUUUCCAAACAGGAUUUGGCGUCGUUAAAUGAAUUAGUUGACGGUGUAACAAAUUAUGGAACGAAGAUCGAAACUGAAAGCAUCACUUGGAGAAGACAAGCCUUGUCACUGAUUGAUUCUACCCAAUCACGUAUUAUGAAGCUUGUAGAAUCCACUCUACAAUUGUCAAAUUUUGAUAUUGCUGCCUAUUACGUUCUGAAAGGGGAAAAGACUACCACUCCAUCUGCUGUCUCGAAGAUUCAAAAUGACAUCAUUUCCCCUGCACUAUCUGAUGCACAAAAACUUCUCCAAGAUUAUGAAUCCUGGCUGCAAUCAUGCAAUGCUCAUGAAGGAAUAGUUUACCAGGAAUCCUUGCAGAAACUAUGGCCAUCUAUUGUUUUUCCAGCUACCCAGGUGCAGUUUGGGACUUAUGAGUUGCUGAAAAAAGUAGAUGAUCAAAGUUUGAAAGUAAUUAAGAAUUUCAGUCCAAGUGCUGCUUCCAAGCUGUUUGACCAAGAAAUUCGUGAAGCGUUUUUGGGAACUUUUGGUGGACUUGGGGCAGCUGGUUUAUCUGCUUCGCUUCUAACUUCAGUACUUCCCACCACAGCAGAAGAUCUUCUUGCCCUUGCCCUUUGUUCUGCUGGCGGAUUUUUGGCUAUUUCAAACUUUCCAAGUCGUAGGCAUCAGUUGGGAAGUAAGGUAAAAAGAACAGCAGAUGGAUUUGCUCGAGAACUUGAAGCUGCCAUGCAAGAGGAUCUCAAAGAAGCUGUUAGAAAUUUGGAAACUUUUGUGAGUGUCAUAAGCAAGCCAUAUCGAGAUCAAGCACAAAAUAGGUUAGACAAACUAUUGGAGAUUCAAGACGAACUGUCCAGUGUUGGGAAGAAAUUACAAAAACUGCAAAAUGAAAUUCAAAAUCUUCAUGUAUCGUGACUACACAGAGACAUAGAAUUUUACCAUCUUUCAAGGUCUUCUCAGUCACGGGUGUUAACUGGAACGAUGUCAUUUUCAAAGUAUAAUGUUCAUCUGCUUGAUCCAUCUUUUCUGGAUUCCUUGUUGAGCAAUGUCAACAGCACAAAGAGAGCUGAAUAUUUCCUUUAA